AAACUCAUUUUCGCAUUUCCAUUGAUGAGGGACUGAGGGUACCUUCUCCAAGAAAAAAAUCGGAACUUCCCCAAGAACCCACCAAAGAGCGCUUUCAUAAAAAUAUCAAAAAUGCAGAGGCUCGUUUCUUUGAAACUGGCCUCAAACUUCCCCAAAAAGCUCUCAAACUCCUCCACCACCACCACCACUACUACCUCUUCAAUCUUCCACUUUCAACCACACAAAACGGUUUCUCUCACCAAACCAUCCCAAACCCUAACCCAAAACUACUUCUUUAGCUCCUUCCCCGCACACUGGCUUCACCGUCUUCCUCACUCAUGGAGGUUGCAGCACACUCUCACACAAAAGAUUCAUGGGUUGGUCUCCAACCCAUUACUCAAACGGCAGUUUUUGGUGGGUUUCUCAAAUACCCUUUUGAGAGCCGCAAGCAAGAGUCUUUCAGAUUUCAGGCUUGGCUUUCUCAGAGUCCAAUUUUCCAGACAGAGUUCUAAGUUCAAGUUGAACCCAAAGUUUACUUCUCAGAGUGUCGGGAGAUCAUGUCUCCGAAGGGUAUCAGAGGGUGUGGUUACUGACGUGGUUUUGGGAUUGAUUAUAGCUUCAUGGUGAAGAUUGCAGAUACUAGCUUCAUGGUGAAGAAUUUUAUUAAUACAUUAUACAAUGUUAGAACUGGACGUCUUCACACAUUGAUAACUUCUGCCUUCAGUCAUGUCGGCACUGAUCAUUUCAUUCAUAACAUGAUUGGACUAUGUGUUUUUGGGGCGCAUAUUGAAAGAAUUUUUGGGCCUCAAUUUUUGCUGGGAUUGUAUCUAGCUGGGGCUCUUGGUGGCUCGGUCUUUUUCUUGUUGCACGCAACCUACCUGGCUGUGUCAUCGAUGGGCCGGCGAGAGGAGAACAAAGACACAAAGCUGGGACUGGGCGCAGGCGGGGCCGUUCAUGCUAUCAUUUUGCUUGACAUAUUCCUCUUCCCGACUCGGGGGUUGUUCCUGGGGAUCUUUCUAAUUGGGAAAGAUAUCUGGAGGAUAAUACUGGGAGACGAACAAAUCUCAGGGGCUACACAAUUGGGAGGUGCUGCAGUUGCAGCCUUGGCCUGGUCACAACUUCGAAAGGGGCGAUUCUGAAUUUCGUAA